AUGGCGCAGCAAGAAAAUCAACUGGACAGAGAAAGAUUCUCCUGUUCGAUCUGUCUGGAUCUACUGAGGGAUCCGGUGACUACUGGCUGUGGACACAGCUACUGUAAGAGCUGUAUUAACACCCACUGGGACAAAGAGGAGGAGAGAGGAAGCUACAGCUGCCCUCAGUGUAGACAGACCUUCACACCGAGGCCUGUCCUGGUGAGAAACACCAUGUUAGCUGAUUUAGUGGAGGAGCUGAAGAAGACUGAACUCCAAGCUGCUCCUGCUGAUCACUGCUAUGCUGGACCUGAAGAUGUGGCCUGUGAUGUCUGCACUGGGACAAAACUGAAAGCUCUCAAGUCCUGUUUGGUUUGUUUGGCCUCUUAUUGUGAAAAACACCUCCAGCCUCAUCAUCAGUCAGCUCCAUUUAAGAAGCACAAGCUGGUGGAGCCCUCCGAGAAGCUCCAUGAGAACAUGUGCUCUCGUCACGAUGAGGUGAUGAAGAUAUUCUGCCGCACUGAUCAGCAGUGUAUCUGUUAUCUCUGCUCUAUGGAUGAACAUAAAGACCACGACACAGUGUCAGCUUCAGCAGAAAAGACUGAGAGGCAGAGAGAGCUCGGGCUGAGGAGAAAAACAAUCCAGCAGAGAGUCCAGGACACUGAGAAAGACGUGAAGCUGCUUCAACAGGAGGAGGAGGCCGUCAAUGGCUCUGCUGAUAAAGCAGUGGAGGACAGUGAGGAGAUCUUCACUGAGCUGAUCCGUCUGCUGGAGAAAAAAAGCUCUAAUGUGAGGCAGCAGAUCAGAUCCCAGCAGGAAACUGAAGUGAGUCGAGUCAGAGAGCUUCAGGAGAGACUGGAGCAGGAGAUCACUGAGCUGAAGAGGAAAGACCAUGAACUGAAGCAGCUCUCAGACACUGAGGAUCACAACCAGCUUCUACACAACUACCCCUCACUGUCACCACUCAGUGAAUCUACACACUUAUCCAGCAUCAGGAUCCGUCCUCUGAGGAAAUUUGAGGACGUGACAGCAGCUGUGUCACAGGUCAGAGGUCAACUACAGGACAUUCUGAGUGAGACAGAGACAAAGAUUUUACAGAUUGUGUCUCGAGUUGAUGUUUUACUGCCACAACCAGAGAACAGAGCUGACUUCUUAAAAUAUUCACAGGAAAUCACACUGGAUCCAAACACAGCAAACAAAUAUCUGUCAUUAUCUAAGGGAAACAGAAAAGUAACAUUUAUGAGUCAACAACAGUCAUAUUCUAAUCACCCAGACAGAUUUACGGAUCGUUGGCAGGUCCUGAGUAGAGAGAGUAUGACUGGACGUUGUUACUGGGAGGUGAAGAUGAGGGUGAGAGGAGGAGUUUGUGUAGCAGUCACAUACAAGAAUAUCAGCAGAGCAGGAAACACUUUUGAAUGUAACUUUGGAUGCAAUGAUAAAUCUUGGAUGUUAGUUUGUGAUAGUAACAGUUAUACCGUUUAUGACAACAGUAUCAAGACUCCAGUGUCAGGUCCUCUGUCCUCCAGAGUAGGAGUGUACCUGGAUCACAGUGCAGGUGUUCUGUCCUUCUACAGAAUCUCUGACACCAUGACUCUCAUCCACAGAGUCCAGACCACAUUCACUCAGCCUCUCUAUGCUGGAGUUGUGGUUUGUUAUCCUGGAUACACAGCUGAGUUCUGUAAACUCAAAUAG